AUGCGACGCGGAAAGUUUAACUCCCGUCCUAUAACGUAUCUUUCAGAAGAUCCCAAAGAUCUGUCAGCGCUCACGCCAUCUAUGUUUCUUCAGAAAAUUAAAGAAAUUGGUGUUCCUGAACUUGACAUAAUUGAUCCAAAAAAAUUGAACAAAAGAUAUUCUUAUCGGUUAAGAUUGCGACAAGACCUGCGAAACCGAUUCAGAAUUGAAUAUCUAGGAUUGCUUAAAGAUAAUUCCAAAAUUAAAAGAGAGUCGUCUAUCAAAGAAGUAGAUCUUGUGCUAAUAGGAGAUUCCAACAAUAAAAGAAUCCACUGGCCAUUAGCCAAAGUUGAAAAGACUUAUCCAGGAAAGGAUGGUAGAGUACGUUUAGUUGAACUUAAAACCCAAUCUGGAAAACUAUUGAGACCUAUACAAAGACUUUUUCCGCUGGAAGUGAAAGCAAAUGUCUUUCCAUCUGUGAACAAUUCUGGUAGACAUGAUGAGAGUCCUUGUCACAACAAGGAUUUAAUCCCUGCCAAUAAAGAAGUUCGAUACUCUCGUUAUGGACGAUCAUUGAAACCAACUAAGAGACUUUAA